AUGGGAACUACAGGUAGUAAGAAGCAAAUACUUUGUAUUGUGUUAUUUCUUGGUUUGAUUAGUCUUAUUAUUGUCUAUGUCAGUAAUCCAAUCAGUUUUACAAGUUUUCCGUCACUUAAUACUGAAACAGAGACAAAUUCUUGCACAAUUGUCACCUAUAAACAAUUAGAUGAAUGGUUUCAUUCUACAAAUAAUAACAAAAGCAGAAAAACAAUAACAAAAAUAAUUCAUCAAAGUUGGAAAACGGAAAUAUUGCGUGGAAAACAAGCAUUAUGGUCUAAAACAUGGUGUGAACAAUAUCCAAAAUGGCACUAUCGAUUAUGGACUGAUGUUGAUAAUGAUCAAUUUGUGAAAGACAAAUUUCCAUGGUUUUAUUUGACUUAUCAAGAAUUAUAUCCAACUAUACUUAAAGCCGAUAGUGUAAGAUAUUUGUAUAUGUUAUAUUAUGGCGGAAUGUAUAUUGAUUUAGAUUAUGAAUCAGUAAAAUCAUUAGAACAUAUAAUUUUUGAUAAACAACUGGUAUUCGCUCUACUCAAUUAUAAUUUUGAUUCAUUGAAUAGUAUACCAAAUUCAUGGUUUGCAUCUAAACCAAAACAUUCCUUAUGGUCAUAUGUUAUUUUUAGAAUAAUGUUAAAAUGGACAAAAAUUGAUAGUGAAAAAACAGGUUUUUGGAAUGGUAAAGCUGAGUUUUACACAGGACCACAAGCGUUGUUCGAAGGUCUAUUGUUUUAUAUGCAGUACAUAGAACAAACGUCAGAUAAUUUUAAUAAUCGUUUAAUACACUCAAAUGAAAAUCGAACAAUGAGCAUAGGUGAUAUUACAUUUUUACCACCGAACUUCUUAAAUGCUUACGAUUGGAUGACAGGUAUAGGACAAGACUAUUGUUCAUCAGAGAAAUAUUCAUUUAAUCCAACAAAAUGUAAGGAACUACUAAAACCUAUUUAUGGUAUUACCUACUGGGCGCAUUCAUAUGGACACGGACAUGAGAACGAUACGAACUAUUUGAGACACUAG